AUGGCAAAGGAUAACUCAAAUAUGGAUGAUGAAAGGUUCUUGAAGAACGAAAGGAAGAUAAAGAAAGAGGCUAGGUUUGGAGCACUUGAGAGGGAUGUUGAGGUCUUAGCCGAUGGGUGUGAUCAUUGUGGUGAUAUGCACUAUUCUGAUGAGUAUCCAAAUCGGGCGCCCGAAGAUGUGAACUAUGUUCAGAAUCAAUCCCAAGGGAACUUCCACCACAACACCGGUUUCCAAAUCCGACCUUCAGGUAACAGGUGGCAAAUAGAUAAUUAUCAGAAUCAACCUCAACAGCAGACUCAACAUAACCAAGGAUCGAGUUCUUCUUCUAAUGUCGAUCCUAAUGCCGAGUUGAGGGAGAUGAUGAAGCAUUUGGGUAGUAAUCAAGCUGAAAAAAACACUAGCAUUCAAAUGAUUAGGGAUGAUACUAAGGCAUUGAGUGAGAGGUUGGAUCAGAUAAACGGGAAGGUGGAGAUCAACAUGAAAAAUCAGUGUGUUAACUUCAAGGAUCUCGAGAGUAGGAUGGUCGCUCCUGCUAGGCCUACGAGGACUCUUCUUAGCAACACAAAAAAGAAUCCUAGACCUCAAUUUAGUCAGGGACAGAACUACACUCCACCUCCAGGGAUUCCCAACUAUGCCAAGUUCAUUAAGGAGCUUGUGACAGAUAGAGGGAAAUUGGAAGAGGCAAAGGCUAAUUCUCUUAAUGUCGAGUGUUUUGCUAUCUUGCAGAACCGCAUUCUACUAAAGCUUGAAGACCCAGGGAGUUUCCUUAUCACUUGCUCUAUUAGAACUCUUACUUAUAAAGCCCUAGCUGAUUUAUGGGCUAGCAUCAAUUUGAUGCCUUACUCGGUUUAUACCAAGUUGGCUUUGGGAGUCCUUCGCCCUACUCGCAUGAGUAUUAGACUUGUUGACCAUUCGUUUCAGUAUCCUAUUGGGAUUGCUGAGAACAUGACUCUCAGAGUAGGCCAUAUUAUUUUUCUAGUUGACUUCGUUAUCCUCGAGAUGGAGGAAGAUACGAAGGUCCCUCUUAUUCUUGGACGCCCAUUCCUUAAUACCGCGGAUGUGAUCAUCCGUGUGAAAGACAAGGAAAUCUCUUUGGGCAUGGGAACUGAUAGGAUUGUGAUUGAUGUCAUUGAAGAUGCAUUAGAUCAAGAAUUUCAGGAAUUCAUGGAAACAGAUAUUGGAGAGGAAGAGAUCUCUAACUUAGGAUUUGGAGAAAAUACUGAUGAAGCUUUGUUUGCGGAGGUCAUGACAUUGAGCUCGGAUGAGUCACCUUCAGAGGACGAGACUUUUGAGGAGGUUGCUGCUGACGGAAGUUCAAGGGUACCUAAUUCUGUUGAUGUACCACUUACUGACUUGGAGCUUAAGCCACUUCCGACCCAUUUAGAAUAUGCAUAUCUGUCAGGUGAGUCUUCUCUUCCAGUGGUUAUCUCAUCCUCACUCUUGAGUGAUGAGAAAGACCGUCUCUUGUCUGUGCUUAAAGCCCAUAAGCGGGCUUUUGCUUGGAAGACCACAGAUAUUCCAGGUAUUAGUCCUGAUUUUUGCCAGCAUAAAAUUGAUUUUCUGGAUGAUGUUAAUCCCGUUGUCCAGAGACACAUGCGGCUGAAUCCUAAUAUGAAGGAGGUUGUUAAGAAAGAGGUAAUUAAGCUUGUUGAUGCAGGAAUCGUUUUUCCUUUGCCGGUAGUUCAUCGGAUGUUGGAACGAUGUGAGAGGGCACACCUUGUUUUGAAUUGGGAAAAGCGCCAUUUUAUGGUGACUGAGGGUAUUGUGUUAGGGCAUAAAGUGUCCAAGGCCGGGAUUGAGGUUGAUCGGGCUAAGAUAGAUGCGAUUGCCAAAUUACCCCCGCCUUCCAAUGUGAAAGGGGUAUUGAAGGAGAAGUUGACUAAUUCUCCUAUCAUGGUAGCUCCAGAUUGGGAUUUGCCUUUCAAGUCGAUGUGUGAUGCCAACGACUAUGAUGUUGGAGCUAUGCUAGGGCAAAGGGUUGAGAAACAUUUCAAAUCCAUUUACGUUUCUAGUAAAACUUUGAACCCUGCCCAGCAAAAUUACACUACUACAGAGAAAGAGUUACUUGCAGUGGCUUGUCCGCUCGAUUCUUUUGUUCAAGAAUUUGAUAUAGAAAUAAAGGAUAAGAAAGGGGCUGAAAAUUUGGCUGCCAACCAUUUGAGUCAUUUGGAAGAUCCUAACCGGGAGGAACUUUGUGAGGGGGAGAUCAAUGAUCACUUCCCCAAUGAGUCUUUAAUGUUUAUCUCUAACUCCGAUGAAGCUCCUUGGUUUGCAGAUAUAGAUAAUUAUUUGGUUGCAGGUGAGAUACCUAAUGACUUCACGUCUCAGCAGAAGAAGAAGCUCAUAUUGGAUUUUAAGCAUUACUUUUGGGAGAACGCAUAUUUGUUUCAUGUUUGUGCAGCUGGUAUGGUUAGGAGAUGUGUUGCUGGAAUGGCAACGAGAGAGAUUUUGGAUGCAUGUCACUACGGGCCAACUAGGGGUCACUAUGGUCCCUCAGUCACGGGUAAGAAGGUUUUUGAUGCAGGUUUCCAUUGGCCAAUGAUUUUCAAGGAGGCCCAAACUUUGGUGGAUACUUGUGACAUCUGUCAGCGACAGGGGAACAUCACUAAACGGGAUGAGAUGCCUUAA